GUUUAAAUAAUUGACGAUGCUCAGUCGGUCGUAGAAAAUCGUGUUAUCGGUAAACAUCAUUUAACUCGUUCUCCAAGUUUAACGGUUGGGGAAAAUAAUCGAUGAGUGUAUACGGUUUUGUUUCGGCCAGUGAUAGAAAGAAAGACGGUUGCAAGUGUGUCAUACAAAAUGAUUUUGUAUCCUAUUAAAAAUAUUGUGUAGAGUGUAAUUUAAAUACAACAUAAAGGCAAAAUAAGAUUAUAAAAUAGGCUUUCAAAGGAAAUAUGCAGUAUGGAAUGUAAUUACGCCGAUCAAUUGGAUCUGGAAUGGCAAAGUUUGAUAAGAAAACACUUAAGCAGUUUUUCUACUCAAAGCAACAAGGAAGCUCUGCUUCCUUUCGAUACCAUUUUACCACAGGUUUUUGCCUCUUCAGAUAUUACAGGAAACGAAUCUAGCUACAAGGAUAAAGAAAUAUGUGAAAAAUGUUUGACACAGUGCUUACAUCUUUUGAUAUUGCGUAAUAUCCCCCCUCGACAAAGCCAAAUUCGUUUCUUAUUAAGUGUAGCCAAAUAUGUCAUUAAAGAUGAGCCGAGUUUUAUAAACUUAACCUCAAAUAAUGUUAUUGAAAAUUUAUUUUACUUAGUUCAAUCAAAUAUCCAACCCAAUGAGAAAGAUACAAAUUUGCGAUUUCUAGAAUUCUUAUGUUCAUUUUUAGAGCAUCACAGCGGUAUUAAAAGACUAAAAGAAACCAGAUAUUGGGUUCAAGCUUAUGGAUUAGUAUUAGAUAACCAAGGUAAACAUGAUGAUAUUUGUAAUAGAGGAUAUAAGUUUUUUACGAAACUAUUGGAGAAAUCUUCAGCUCUCGAUAAGAACUUUUGCAACGAUAUUCUUCAGGUUAUAUUAGGCUCAUUAUUGAACACGUCGAACAUUCUUAAAACUCACCCUGAAUAUCCCGUGAGUGAUAAAUUAAUACACAUCAUAAAUUCCAGUACUAUAUUUGUAGUACACAUUUUAGAAGAAUUAUUAGAACGUUACAGUUUCGGUGUAUUGUACUGUGUAGAACAACUUAAAAUUAAUAUAGCCAGCGAAACAAUCUGUAAAAUAAUCAAUGACAAUUCAGUAAAAUUGGUAUUGUACAGAGUUGUGCUUAUAAUAUCUUUUUUUAAACUUACAGAUGUGUUUGAUGGCAUUAAAAUUAUUAAUCAGGAUCCAUUAUCCGUAGCUGGCUUAUUUAGAAUAAUUGAAGCAGAAAUAGAGAAGGAUUCAAUAAAUUUAGUGAUUGAACUAUAUUAUUAUGCUUUAAAAUAUUUAAAACACAUUAUUGAUAAAAUCCCAAAAGCUAUUAUUAAUAAUAAAUCUAUUGAGUUAGAAAUUGAAAUAGCAACCUUACAACUACAAGGUCCCAUUCUAAUAGGAGAUAAACUGGAUUUAAAUUUUUUAGUGGAAUUAGAUACUGACCUCGUAAGAAAAAGCUUUUUGUCUAAACUUUUAAGUAAUCUUAGCUUUGACGCUUUAAAAAUUGCAUCUAUGAAUACAAGAUGUUUACCGACGCAUUUAAUCCCUGUUUACACCAAUGCAACUAAGCUUUUAACUAAGAGCAGACAUUUAUAUUCAAAAUCAACAGCAAGUUUGAUAUUCGAGGGACUUAUUUACAGUUUACAAGAUACACAAAAAUACUUAAUUCAAAAGCACACAAUCGGCAAUGACGUGAUUAAAGGAUUUUUCGAAUUUGAACAGACCCUGUUAGAAGCUAUCCUAGGUUUUCUACAAUCAUUUAACUUAAGCUGGUGUGACAGUGUUAAAAUCUUGGAUUUAACUCAGAUCCUCAACGUCGGAACUACACUUUGCCAAUGGACAGUUGCCAUGAAGGUUUCGGCCAUAAAUAUAAUGCAAGAAGUUAUAUCGAGACGACUUUCUCCGGCAAUGUCAUUGUUGAUCGAUUGUGAUGAAGAUCUCAUGAGCGUCGGCCCAAUUUUAUAUCAAAAAUUAUUUACAACAGAAUGGGAAGUUCGCAAAGGGAUACUAGAAUUAAUCUAUACGAUUUCUAAAAGCGCUAAUAACAGCUUUCCAUCCUUUAAAACCAUGCUUACUAAAGCAUCUCUACCUAGCCUGGUAAGCACUAUGGCACUGAACGAUCAAAAUCCAGAAGUGCAAGCAACGGCCCUUAAGUGCAUAACCGAAAUGAUUAUAAUGGAGAACACGGCAGAGUUGCUACAAAAGAACUUAUUUUUAAAUAAAGUUCUGGAUAUGCUUAUUAAUAAAUUGGAUUCGGAAGUAAUGGUUGCAGCAAUAAAAUUAAUUACCACUGCUUACAUACAGGGGGAUGGGCUAGAAGAUGUUAUCCUAAUUAAGGUCUAUGAAACCUUAAAAGAUGUAGCUUUAAAGAUAAAUGACGGGAUGGUGCAAAUCGAAGCAAUAGAGUUUUGGAUGCAAGUUUUUAAAAAGCAUUUAUCAAAUGUGGGAUGGUUGGACCAAGCAUUUCCAUCGGUAACAUUUACAAAAAGAAUAGUGGCCAUGACAAACGAAGAAAUACAAAAAAGGAUAUGUACAGUUUUAACCGAGCUAAGUAUAAAUGGAUGUUUAAAAGUUUUUACGCAUGUUUCCGGAAGUUCCGAGGUACAGAUUUAUCUUAGUAACAAACUAAAAAAAAUACAUAGAUUUUUCCAAACUCAUAAAGUUACUCCUGAUACAAUUGAAGUUGACCAGGAUAGGCUUAAUAAAAUAAAAAUAUUGAAGAAUAUUGACUCGGAAACCGAUCCUGAAAGCGUAAUACAGGAAUUGAUAAAUGAUACAAUGAUGGAAAUUAUGCCCGAAUCUUCUGAAUUAUUUUCACAGCAUCAAGAGACAGGAGAGAGGCACUUUUUGGAAAUAUGUCGUGAGUCCGCCAAGUAUAAGACAGAGCAACCUUUUGGAGAGAUAAGCCCUUUAGAAUUCGUAAGAUUUGUAUAUAAAUGGUCAGCCAAUGAAGCUCCUGAUGAAAACAUGUUGGGACAAACGGAUCAAAACGAUGUUUAUAACAUAAUAGACUAUUAGAAUAAUUUAGUAAUAAAUGUAGAGCAAGGUGUAGUCGUCGCCAGCCAUUAUUUCUUGUCUUCACCUGUCAAAGAAACUGCUUGAACUUGUAAAUGUAAAAAAUGCUUGCAUAUUUGUGACAGAUAAAAAGCAGGAGUUUUAAAAGGUUUAAAAAAUAAAUUAUGUCUGACGGCGACUAUCAGCGAUGUUAUUUAUUAAAUGUGGAUAAUUAUUACGAUAA